GUGGUGUUCUCGUCUCGCUCGACAUCCGGACUACCCCCGCCGCCAUUAUGGUGAAGCUCGCCAAGAAUGUUAAAAACCAGCCUAAACAGAAAAAAAUGGCUCCCCCUCCUCCCAAGGACAUAGAAGACAGCGAAGAAGAGGAUUCUUCAGAAGAGGAAGAAGAGAGCAGUGAGGAGGAGGUGAUCCUUCCGAAGAAAGCAGUCACUCCAGCAAAAGCCGCUAACAAAAAGGCAGCUACACCGGCCAAGAAGGCAGUUGCUACCCCAGCAAAGAAGGCAGUCGCAACUCCGGCAAAGAAGGGAGGUGUCACUCCAGCGAAAAAGACACCAGUCCCUGCCAAAGGAGCAAAAAACGGGAAGAACGCAAAGAAACAAGAGAGCGAUGAGGAGGAAGAUGAUGAGGAAGAGGACGAUAGCGAGGAGGAUGAAGAUGAGUCCGAGACGGAGCCUCCGGUGCCUGUGAAGAAGCCGGCAGCUGCUCUGGCUACAGCCAAGAAACCCGCAGCAGCCAAAGAGGAGUCUGAAGAUGAGGAAGACGAUGAGGAGGAGGAAGACAACGAGGAAGAAGAUGACUCUGAAGAAGAGCCCAUGGAAAUCACCCCAGCGAAAGGCAAGAAAGCCGUCCUAGCAAAGGCCGCCCCAGUCGAAGCUGCCGCCGGAGAGUCUGAGGACGAGGAAGAUGAAGAUGACGACGAUGAAGAGGAUGAGGAAGAGGAGGAUGAAGAGGAUGAAGAAGCUGUACAGGAAGCCCCUGGAAAGCGGAAGAAGGAAAUGGCCAAACAAAAAGGCAUUCCAGAGGCCAAGAAGAAGAAAACUGAAGAAACUGCCUUCUCCCUCUUCAUGGGCAAUCUGAACUCCAACAAGGACUUCGAAGAGCUGAAGGCCGCCAUCCGGGACUUCUUUGCCAAAAAGGACCUUCAAGUCCAAGAAAUCAGAAUCGACUCAAAGAAGUUCGGUUAUGUGGACUUCUCCUCAGAAGAGGAGCUGGAUAAAGCGCUUAAGUUUAAUGGGAAGAAAUUAAUGGGCUUGGAAAUGAAACUGGAAAAGGCAAUGAGCAAGGAGAGCCUGAAGGAGAACAAGAAAGAGAGAGAUGCAAGAACCAUCUUUGUGAAGAAUCUCACUUAUAGCAUAACCCAAGAGGACCUGCCGAUAGUGUUCGAGAAUGCCUUGGAAAUCAGACUGGUGUCCAAGGAUGGGAACAGCAAAGGGAUUGCCUACAUUGAGUUUAAAUCUGAAGCAGAUGCAGAGAAAGCACUGGAGGAGAAACAAGGAAUGGAACUAGAGAGUCGCUCCAUCAUCCUUGACUACACAGGAGAGAAAAGCAAGCAGGAUGUCAGGAAAACUACUAAGGGGGCACCGUCAGGUGGAGAGUCCAAAACCCUGGUUGUGAACAACCUGUCAUACGAAGCAACAGAGGAAGCUCUUCAGGAGGUGUUUGAGAAGGCGGCGGCCAUCAGGGUUCCACAGAACAAUCAGGGAAGACCCAAAGGGUAUGCUUUUGUAGAUUUCCCCACCGCUGAAGAUGCCAAGGAAGCCAUGAAUUCCUACAACACAGAGAUCGAAGGCCGAACCAUCAGACUGGAGUUCAGCACACCUGGAGGCCAAAGCAGGCACUUCAAUGCCAGAGGAGGAUUUGGUCAACAAAGCAAAACACUCUUUGUCAAAGGCCUGUCUGAGGACACAACAGAAGAAACCCUGCGGGAGUCUUUUGAUGGUUCUGUUGGUGCAAGAAUAGUCACAGACAGAGACACGGGCUCCUCCAAAGGGUUCGGCUUUGUGGACUUCAGCUCCCCCGAAGAUGCCAAAGCAGCAAAAGAGGCCAUGGAGGAUGGGGAGAUAGAUGGCAACAAAGUGACCCUUGACUUCGCCAAGCCCAAGGGUGACGGUCAACGCGGCGGCUUUGGCUUUGGCCGAGGAGGAGGAGGCAGAGGUGGGCGAGGCGGCAGAGGGGGCUUCGGAGGCAGGGGUGGCCGAGGCUUUGGAGGCCGAGGAGGGGGCUUCCGGGGAGGCAGAGGUGGCGGCGGCGAUCACAAGCCACAAGGCAAAAAGAUAAAAUUUGACGAUUGAGUGGCUCGUAGCGUCUGAAAGGACUCUGGGGGUUUUAAUUCUGUCACCACACAAUGGCAGAGCCUUUUGAGGACAUUCCAAGAUGAGUUUGCAGUCCC